AUGGAGAGAAGCCAGACAGAAGCUCUGAAGGCCAAACUCCUCUACCAGGACGUUUGCUUGGCCGCUCAGCGCCUCGACUUAUUCCUACGACAUGGAAAUGCCCACAGGGAGGUGUUCAAGCCCCACAUCCUGGCUCUCAGGGGUAUGGUUCACCAAGCCUGCAUUAAACUCAUGUUUUUGUACCCGGUGGCUUAUGGGAGGAAGGCGGAGGAGCUGCUGUGGAGGAAAAUGUACUCUGAUGUUGUCAUGCUGUUCAUGGAGACCAACAGAAAGCAUACGGAAACGUCCCCAUACUGGGAAGGCCCCUUGCGGGCUCACCUGAAGGGGGGCCUCCAGUUCUAUGAGCAUCUCUUCCUGUUCCUUCAGGGCCAUUAUGAGCUGAGGUUACAGAGCUACAUAGACUGGCCGCACAGUGUGGUGCACUCGAUUGGCUCUAAGAGAGUGGGGCCCACCUCCAAGGAAGAGGCUGCCUGGGCUCGCCUGGCUUGCCACCGCUGCCUGCUCUACCUGGGAGACUUGUUCCGCUAUCAGAACGAGUUCCUGGACUUGGGUACCAAGCACUUGGCUGAGCGAUGCUAUUACAGAGCCCUGUCGGUGGCCCCGCACCUGGGAAUGCCCUUCAAUCAGUUGGGAGCUCUCAUGGGGACCAAAUACUACGAUGUGGCGGCCACCUACUUUUACCAGCGCUGCCUCCACUCAGAAGUGCCUUUCAAAGGGGCAGCCUGGAACCUCAAACGACUCUAUGAUCGUGCAGGAAAAAAGUACAGCUCGCUGAAAAGGUACCAGGGGAAGAAACUCUCUCGUAGCCAGAGAAAGUGUUGGGAUAACAAGCGGCUACUCGUUAGCUUUCUCUACCUUCAGAGUCUCCUGCAGCCCCAGAGGAAGUUCAAAGCGGCCAGGUUGAUAGCCCUGUGCCAGUUGGUUCUGGAAGAUUUCCGUCUCUGUCUUUCUUACCGGCCAUGUCCUUCGGAUCUGGGCCAGGCGUCCACAGAUACCAAACCCCCGAGAGGCUAUCUGUUUCUCCCAGACCUCCUCAUCUUCCACAUGGUGGUUCUUUGCCUCAUGAACGUGCACAGCCUGAGGAAGACAGGCUCCAAGCAGCAAAAACCUGCAGUCAUCUUCACCUUGACCCUUUUCUCGCACCUAAUUCAACAUGUGAACGUGCGAAUCCAGGCCGAGCUGCAGAAAGUGAAGCUGACUCCCGAAGUGGCUGCCCGCAGCAAUGGCAGCUGUAAGACGGAGACUGGAGAAAGACAAAAAAUCUUUCCAGCUCCCAGGCCCCCCCACCACAGCAAAUCCCAGAAGAGCCACAGCUCUUCCGGUGGCUCUAGUGUGGAUUGCAUUUCAGACGCUGGUGUUUAUUCCUGCUGUGACUCAGAUGACACAGAGGAAGAGGAGAACUUAAUUUCACAGUUCCAUUCAGAAACGAGCAGCGAAACUUCUUACUCAGAUACAAGUGAUGAAGAGCCUGAUGGGUCCCUAGGCCCAGAAGUAGGGUGGGAAAGUGAGGCCACAUCCAAUUCGAAAGCCAACCACUCCAGGAAUAUAUGGAGGCCAUCUAAAUCUCCCAACAGUCUUCUAGAACUCCUGAAAACCACCAUUUCUUCUAAUCUGCCGGCUCCACUGAGCCAAAAGCUUCAAGGAAGAUAUGGCUCACACUUGGUUCCUGUCUUCAGUCACAGUGUUCUGACACCUGCGUCUGAGCUGCGCACCCGGGCCGCUAGGGAUCACUUUCCUGAAGCAGAUGCUGACAGUAGUUCCUUCUUGGAGCAGAGUAUCUGCAUUGGCAGGUCUCACAACCAUCUGCAGACCAUUCAAAAGAAGCUGAAGAUCCUCUCCGCAGAAGGGUUACUCCCCACCAUCAAGGUGAUCCUGGGCUGGCUCCACACCAACCACAGUUUCCUCUCCUCCCACUGGCGGAGUUCCCUUAGCCUGUGGGACCACCUGUGUGUACUGCUGAACCUGUUACCCUCUGAGGGAGACCUUCAGCAACCAGGCCUGGGUCUCUCCCCACAUCUUCACGAACUGCUGCAGAGCUGCAAAGAUCCCCAUCCUGCCGGUUUCCUGCAGCUUCCUGAGGACCUUGCUCUGUUCCAGCACUCUCCACCACAGGCUUUUCAGGAAAUGGUGGGCUUCAAGCAAGACUCACCUCCACUCAGCUACCAGGAUGAAACCGCUGUGCGCAUCUGUUUCCUCAGAAGUUUUGGCCAUUUUGUGACUAGACUCCCCGGACAGUUCCUGACGUUCGACUCUAAGGUGGGUGUCUUUGUGAGCAGUACACCCGAAAGGUCAGAAAACCCAUCUCAUCCGCUUCCUAGAGGUGAAAGGAUCAGAUUUUCCAAAGAUAUUGUUCAGCUCUGGCUUCAGCGUGAAGUAGCACUGUUAGAAAAGACCCUCCGGGGUCCCCAGACUCGCUCAGCUUUGACCCCUUACCUGUUCCCUGAUCCCAGGGCUUUGUGUGAGCAUCUUCCCAUCAUCCAGCAACUCACCACCAGUGGUAAGUUCUUCCUCAUCUUGCCCAAGAUUGUGGUUGACACACUAUACAUCCUGAGGAGAGAAGACCACAGGGCCUUGACAGCCAUCACCUUCCUAGAGGAUGAAUUGAAGAGAGGGAACCAGUAUAUUCUUUGCCAGUCCUUUGUGUCUAAGAGGCUGAUGAGGCCCAGAAUGACCAGGUCAGACUCUGAUGCUUGGGACCUUUAUAAUAUUCUUGACUUUUGUAAAGGUCUUUUGGAGGCUUCCAGGCCAGGGACACCGGAUCCCAGCAGCAUGGUAACUAUCAUCACUGGCACCAGUUUGGACAACCCUAGGAAUUUCUCAUAUCCUCUGCAGUUGGUGCUGGGGAUCGCGACAGAGGCUGGUGUGGAAAUCAAGAACGUUCUACGCUUCCACAGAGAGUGGAAAGCAAUCAGCUAACACAGUCAUCUCUCUCCUAUUCCUCCUCCUUCAGCACUAAUGAAUCAAACUCAAUGUUUCUCUCUCUAGUAAGCACCUGAGGCUGUAGACAUUGUAGACUAUUCAUGUCUACCUGUUGGUAGAGUUGUAGUGUAGCAGCUUUCAGAGGC